AUGUCAAAGAGCCUGAAAAAGAAAAACCACUGGACUAACAAAGUCCAUGAGUGUGUGAUAGACAGGAACCUUGAAGGGGAGCUGGGCUUUGAGAUCAAAGGGGGUGCAGAGAAUGGCCAGUUCCCAUACCUUGGGGAGGUGAAGCCUGGGAAGGUGUCCUAUCAGAGUGGCAAGUUGGUACCUGAGGAAUUAGUCCUGGAAGUCAAUGAGACCCCUGUGGCUGGGCUGACCAUCAGGGAUGUGCUGGCUGUCAUCAAACAUUGCAAGGACCCCAUCAGGAUCAAGUGUGUCAAACAAGGAGGGAUCGUUGACAAAGACCUACGUCGCUACCUCAAUUUACGGUUCCAGAAAGGUUCAGUAGACCACGAACUUCAGCAGAUUAUACGAGACAACCUCUACCUCCGAACGGUGCCAUGUGAGUCAAUGCUAAUGGUCCAAAUGAUUGUGUCUACUAAGAACUAUAGAUAG